GAUCAGUAUCGUUCGAGCGACAGCGGCUGCUCGUUGACGCGACGAGGGACGGUUAAACGGUCGUCAACAUGUGUGACAGGAAGAAGGAAGGAGCGAUUAAAUCAAUUAGUAAUUCAACCAUCUGUUGAGAAAAUAUCCGGUUGCAGAGCGAUAUUAUGUAGGAUUGCCCGGUGUUGGCAGAGUGUCGGUCGGCUGGGGUGUGCGCGCGCACCAACAACACUGGAGCGAGCCGCGACGAUCAGCUCGCAGACAAUUUCGCUGCGGGUUCGGAUCUUGUACUCGGGACUCGGCGAUUCCGCGAUAUUGCAUGGUGGUGGUGGUGAUGGUGAUGGUGGUGGUGGUGGUGUUGUUAAGAAAACAGUAACCACACUCUCGUCGUCGUUCGAUCGAAGAGCCGGGAUUGGUAUAAUCGCGGAUCAAUCGACGGUUAACUAAAAUAGGAAAGGAAACACCCAUUUCCUCGAUUCUCAUGAACUCCACCGUCGUUUCUCUAGUGGUAAGAUGGCGGUGCAGCUCGAUGGAGGGGGGAAGGACGACUUGAAAACACAAUUUGUCACGCGAGAAGGAACGUACAAACUGAUGACCCUCUCGGAGUACUCCCGACCUAACAGGGUGGGCUACACCAACAGCCAGGGCAGCGCCUCGGUCAGGGUGUCCUUCGUCACAUUGCCCGAUCCAGCCGAUCCCACGGGAGCCCAGGGCCUCGGCGACCGCAUGUGCUUCAACUUUGGCAAAGAAUUAUACGUAUACGUUUACCGUGGCGUCAAGAAGCAACUGUUUCAGGCUGUGGAUCUCAACAAACCUGUUGACAAAAAGCUCUACAAAGGAACAAAUCCAACCUGCCAUAACUUCAACCAAACUACAGCCACUGCAGACAGCGCACCACUGCUCGUCGGAUUUUCCACAGGACAGAUUCAGCUCAUAGAUCCAAUUAAAAAGGAGCUUAGCAAACUUUACAAUGAAGAGAGGCUAAUCGACAAGAGUAAAGUGACCUGCAUCAAAUGGGUUCCGGGAUCGAGCAAUCUAUUCCUGGUUUCGCAUAGCUCUGGUCAACUGUACCUGUACAACGAAGAGCUGCUUUGUGGAACGACACCGCCUCAUUAUCAGCCGUUCAAAUCAGGGGAUGGCUAUGCAAUUCACACAUGCAAAACAAAGUCCACAAGAAACCCCCUGUACCGAUGGGUGAUCGGCGCUGAGGGAUGCUGUAUAAAUGAAUUUGCAUUCAGUCCCUGUGGCUCUAAUUUGGCUGUGGUAUCCCAGGAUGGCUUCCUACGAGUUUUUCACUACGAUACGAUGGAACUAGUGGGAUCGGCGAGGAGCUAUUUUGGAGGAUUCUUGUGCGUCUGUUGGUCACCGGAUGGACGAUACGUCGUAGUAGGAGGAGAAGAUGAUCUGGUGACGAUAUGGAGCUUCAAUGAGAAAAGAGUCGUGGCCAGGGGCCAGGGUCAUCACAGUUGGGUCAGUGUGGUCGCGUUCGAUCCCUACACAACGUCCUACGGGGAUCACGAUCCAGAUUUCAGUGGUUCCGACGACGAAUCCAUGCCUCACACUAAUCACAAUAAUCACUUUCAUGAGAAGCCCAACAGAUUGUCGACAGUCUCUCAAGGUAUUCAUUCCAAUAGAAAUUCGUGCGGGUCGGAGCUAAGGGUGUCCGGAGGAACCUGCUACAGGCUGGGAAGUGUCUCCCAGGACACUCAACUCUGUCUAUGGGAUAUAACCGAAGACGUUCUUCGGCCGCCAGUCAGUGCCAAGCAAAGGACGUCGACCGCAGGUUCGGGGACAUUUUCGUCAUCGGGAACAUUUACAAGCGGGAAUGGAGCAACGUCCAAUCAUAAUUCCAACAAUGCCAAGCAUAACAAUUUGAAUAAUAUAGGUUUUAAAGAGAGCGCGAGUGGUAACAAUGAAAGUAGUAAUAAUAGUAUUAGCACCAAUGCGGCAGUGUCUACCGUGAAUUCAUUGACUCAAAGGCUGGCGGGCUUGGGUUUCGGGGAGAGGAAAGGUGACAAUCACAAAAGAAACUUUAGCCUAACGAUGAGAGGAAGUGGAACGAGCAACAACGCAAUACAAAAUAAUAGUGGGGAGAAAUCUGGUAGUAACUCAAAUUCUAGUAAUUCAAACAGUGUUGGCGGGGGUCUAGGUACGAAUAAAAAGUCCGGCGGUACGAUGGACGAUCCUAUGAGAUUGAUAGGGACCGCCUGGUGUCCACGUUUCGACGAGUGCCCUGUUCUAGAACCAUUGGUGUGCAAGAAACUGGCCCACGAGAGGCUGACUGAAUUAGUGUUUAGAGAAGAUUGUUUCGUGACAGCAUGUCAGGACGGAUACGUCUACACGUGGGCGAGACCUGGCCACAUGGCAAGCAUAGGACAAAUGGGAGCAGCCUUUCACGUAACGAGCCUAGUGGACGAUGGCGGUACUAUAGUGUAGCCACGGAUGAACAUCAACCAAAGUUUCCCUGGGACAAGUUUAUCAUCCUACAUCGAAAUGCCACACUUUUGCCAGCAGAAUAUUACACUCCAUUCCACUGCAGUUGUUGCUUUACAAUCAAGUAUUAUAACUCUAAAAGACUAUUGUAAAUUGAUUCAAGUCCUAUGCUAUACAUGUAGUAUUAUAUACAAAUCAAGUACGUCAUUUCUUGUUCUCUUUCGAUUAAUCUAAAUUCAGUUAGGAUUUUCAAUGGAAUCUUCGAUUUAAUUUACAUAUGGUUUCAUCAAUGACCACAUCGCGUGAAGCAUGAAAAAGCUGCUAUCGUUUCGUCUACCGAUGAUUAAUCGUUGGGUCUAAGAUCGAAUUUUUAGUUGUCGAUAGAAAACUUGAAAUUCAGCACCAUUUGCUCGUGUAGGUAGAUCACUUUUGUUAGGAUUAUAGAAAACUAAAUUUUGUCAGUGCAUUGUCAAUCUCGUAUAUUCUCAUUUGUUUUUUAAUCAAUUAGCCAAAAAACUGUGUAUGCAAAGCUCGGAAGUUCCUUUAGCAACUAGAAUUUGAGAUAUAAUUGUAUGAGUGAACGCAGCUGGGUGUCAAGCCAAAAAGUAAUAAAUAUUGCAAUUACAACUUGUCCGAUAAAGUUAUGCACUGUGUUGUAGGACAGAUCGAUUUAGCAAAUCUAAUAUUCCACGUGGUGAUACUGUACAUUUUCAAGUACCCUAGUGCAAAUUUGUCUCAAAGACAAAGAUUUUACAUAAAUUCAGUAUUAGGUUUUGAAUUAGGUAUAAUAUGCCUGCACGUUAUUCCAUGAUACAUUGGGUAAGUUGAUUUUUCAAGUGAAUUAGCAUUGCAAUGAAUACGGUGAUGCGAAAAUGAAGACUUUAAACCGCAGUAAAUUGUAUGUUGGGCAUAUGCGCAUAUUACGUACAACUUGUAUAAAUUUACUUGUACAAUUAAGAAAACUUGAUAAAUUUUGUUGUAAGUUUAUUAAAAAAAUAACUAGUUUUGUUGCAAAAUUUAUUUUGCUGCCACCGUCGACAUAUACGAGAGACUAUACAUAUAUACGACUGCGCAACGAGCAUGAUUAGCGAAUUUUCAUUUGUACGAUAAUAUGCAUACAUUAUUAUGUGUACAUUCUUUACGAUCACUAUAAA